UGAGGAAAUAAGUGUUAGCAGUAGCAGAUAGAAAAGAAAAAGAAAGGUUGCUAAAAAUUAAAAUGGAAAAAAAGAAUAACAAAAACUGAGUUUCCAUUUUCUUGUAAAACAAAAUCUAAUAUUCCCUCUCCAUUACUAUAUUUUUGCUAUAAUAUUUGCAGCAACUCCCACUUCUUACAUACACUAUUAUAGCACCAAUUAUAAACUGAGCUCCUCUUGUUUUUUAUACCAUCUUUUUAAAAAACAACACUAUACACAUAGUUGCACCACACUGUAAUAUUCUUUGAUAUUGUAUUUGAUUGCUAGAUAUUGUGUUGAGAAUGGGAAGAGGACGAGUGGAGUUGAAGAGGAUUGAGAACAAGAUCAACCGGCAAGUCACUUUCUCCAAACGGAGAAAUGGGCUGUUGAAGAAAGCUUAUGAACUCUCUGUUCUUUGUGAUGCUGAAGUUGCCCUAAUCGUUUUCUCUAGCCGUGGCAAGCUAUAUGAGUUUGGUAGUGCUGGCACAACCAAAACCCUUGAGAGGUAUCAACGCUGCUGUUUUACUCCUCAAGAUAACAACAGCAUUGAACGCGAAACACAGAACUGGUACCAAGAAGUUAACAAAUUGAAGGCAAAGUAUGAAUCUCUGCAACGGACUCAAAGGCAUUUGCUUGGGGAAGAUCUGGGGCCACUAAGUGUAAAGGAACUGCAAAACCUUGAGAAGCAACUUGAAGGAGCCCUUGCACUUGCUAGGCAAAGAAAGACACAGAUUAUGAUUGAACAAAUGGAAGAUCUUCGCAAAAAGGAGCGUCACCUUGGAGACUUAAACAAGCAACUCAAAUAUAAGCUUGAAGCAGAAGGGCAAAAUCUCAACGCCAUUCAAGACCUAUGGCACACUGGUGCAACAGAUGGUCCUAGCCAUUUCACUUUGCAUCCUUCUCAAUCCAACCCCUUGGAUUGUGACCCCGGUCCUGUUCUACAAAUCGGGUACCAUAAUUUUGUUCAAGCUGAUCAAGGAUCUUCUCUUCCAAGAAGCAUGGGUGGUGAGACUAACUUCAUGCAAGGAUGGGUCCUUUGACCACUUCCAUCAAAUUCAAAUUAAUACAUAUAUAUAUAUUUAAGGAACCUGAAGUUUGUUGUGUUAUAUAUAAACUUAUAUAUAUCUUUGAAUUCUGAAUGGUUUUUUUGAUUUGACAUUGUGAUAUUAAUUUGGACAGUCUUAUAUGUGUAAGACAAACAACUGUUUAUUACAUUAAGACUUGAAAUCUUUCUAUAGCAUCCUUUAGCUAAA